AUGGAUCCGGACAUCCAGAGAGACAAGAGCAAAUACUGUCGCUUCCAUGAGGGCUAUGGCCACGACACGGACAGAUGUUGGGACCUCAAGAGAGAAAUAGAGCAGCUAAUCCAGUCUGGACUCUUGAAGAAGUUUGUCAACAACAGACCCGGAGACGAAAGAAAAGGGGAGUCAACAGAAAAGGAGGAACAAAACAAGAAGCAGAAAGAGGUCGCAGGCGUAGUAAACGUGAUAGAAGGAGGAGAGCCCUACAGCAAUAAUCAGAAAAAGAAAAGGAACAGAAGAGGGUCAGCCACGGUGUUCGCAAUUGAAAGAGAAGUAAUCCCAGAGAUAUCGUUCGGACCAAACGAUGGACAUCAUGUGAAGGGACCACACAAUGACGCGUUGGUGAUAGAAGCCAUAAUCAGAAAUCACCUAGUAAAACGGAUACUGGUAGAUGAAGGCAGUUCUGUGAACUUAUUAACCUUGGAGGCAUUCAAAGAGAUGAAAGGCUCAACAACAGACCUGCGGAAGUCCUCAGUCCCACUAGUAGGCCUGGGAGGGGCACCAAUACGUCCGGAAGGAACAGUAAGUUUAUAUGUAGAGUUGGGAAAUAGAAGUGAAGGGCCAGUCAAAAAUAUGCAUGCUCAUUUUAAUGUAGUAGACCUUCCACUGGCCUACAACAACAUACUGGGCAGACCAUUCUUAUACCAGUCGGGAGCAGUGACUAGCAUCAGGCUGCUGACCUUGAAAAUGCCAACGUCAUCAGGGAUAGUAGUGGUCAGAGGAGACCAGGAGAUGGCCAAGGAAUGCUGCUUGGUAACAACAAAGGAAGAUGAGAGUUUGACUAUUGAGGCGUUCCCAGGAGACGCAGUAGAAGAGGAGGAGUCACAAGGAGCAGAACCAGUAGGCGUCAUGAAAGAACUUCACCUAACUGAGACCAAGAUGGUCAAAGUAGGCACGGAUGUACCAGAAAAGGUAGCACAGGAAAUAACAGAGAUACUGAAAAAGAACGUGGAGUCUUUUACCACUGAACCAACGGAGAUCGUGGGAAUCGAUCCCAAAGUAGCAUCGCACAAGCUGAACGUGAUCCCAGGGAGCGUACCCAAAGUCCAAAAGAAGAGGAGAUUCACUGAGGAGAGGCAGAAGAUAAUCGCAGACGAAGUAAACAUAUUGGAGGAAGCAGAUUUUAUCCGCGAAGUUUUCUACCCUGAAUGGGUGGAAAAUGUGGUCAUAGUAAAGAAGGCAAACGGGAAGUAUAGGAUGUGCGUCGAUUUCACAGACUUGAACAAGGCCUGCCCAAAGGACAGCUACCCGCUCCCCAACAUAGACCAGUUAGUGGACUCAACAGCCUGCUAUCUCCUAUAUAGCUUCGUAGACGCAGCGCAAGGGUAUCAUCAAAUACCGAUGGAGGAGAAGGAUCAAGAGAAAACUUCAUUCGUCACAGACCGAGGGACGUACUGUUACAAAGUUAUGCCGUUUGGAUUAAAGAACGCAGGAGCCACCUAUCAACGUCUGGUCAACUUUAUGUUCCAAGACCAGCUGGGGAGGAAUGUAGAGGCCUACGUGAAUGACAUAAUUGUGAAAAGCCUAACAGCAGAAGAACACGCCCAGGACUUAGAAGAAACCUUCAAAGUCCUGAACAAGUUCGGAAUGAAACUCAACCCGGCAAAAUGUGCUUUCGGUGUUAAAGCAGGGAAAUUCCUAGGCUAUCUGAUCAGCCAACGAGGAAUAGAAGCAAACCCAGAAAAGAUCCAAGCAGUGAUGAAUAUGAAGGCCCUCCAAAGUGUGAGGGACGUACAGAAGCUGAAUGGCAGAGUCACGGCACUGGGACGUUUCAUUUCUUCCUCAGCCAAAAAAUGCCUGCCGUUUUUCAAACAACUCCGGAACAUGAAGAAAUUCAAAUGGGAUGAGGAUUGCCAAGUCGCAUUCGAAGAAUUGAAGUCAUUCUUGACUAACCCGCCCCUACUGAGUAGACCCGUAGCCGGGGAGAACCUGUACCUGUACUUAUCGGUAGGGAGAGAGACUAUCGCCUCAGUACUAGUACGGGAGGAAGAGGAGGAGCAACGGCCGAUAUACUACAUAAGCAGAACGCUAAAAGGGGCAGAGCUCAAUUACCCAACCAUAGACAAACUUGCACUUGCCGUCUUCAUAACCACCAAAAAGCUCAAACCGUAUUUCCAAGGACACACAGUCAUAGUGCGCACAAACCAGCCUUUGAGGAAAACACUGUACCGACCUGAGACUUCAGGACGAUUGGUCAGUUGGUCAGUACAACUGGGAGAGCACGACAUCAGGUACGAACCAAGGACCACCUUGAAAGCCCAGGCACUCGCGGAUUUCGUGGCAGAGAUGACAGAGAAACCGUGUGUCUCAGCAACCGAGGAGUUGACAUGGAACCUAUUCGUAGACGGAGCCUCCAGUGACCAAGGAGCCGGAGCAGGCGUAGUCCUAUUAGGACCUCACAAAAUCGCAAUUGAGUAUGCAGUACACCUAAGCUUCAAGUCUACCAACAAUGUGGCAGGUACAAAUAUGUUUUAUUCAUUUCUCAGGCAAAUAUUUCUGCCAUAUGCUAACAAUGUAGCAGAAUAUGAGGCCCUCUUAACAGGACUGGAAAUCGCAAUUGAAGUAAAGGCGGAAAAGUUAAAAAUCCACAGUGAUUCCCAACUAGUCACUAGCCAGGUGCUAGGACAAUUCCAGACCAAGGACCAGAACAUGGCGAAAUACAUGGCAAGAGCAAAGGAACAACUCAAGAAGAUCGAAAAGAACGGAGGACAAUGGGAAAUCAUACUCAUCCCCAGAGAAGAGAACACCAGAGCAGAUGCAAUAGCCAAGGUAGCCGCAGUGAAAAGCCAGCUAUACGUAUCACUCCGAAUGAAGGAGGAGCGGUUAACACCAACAGUAGAGGAGCAGCAGGUGUUACCAGUCGCAGUCCUUGAUCCAUGGAUGCAACCCAUAGUGGCAUAUUUAGCGGACGGAGUCCUACCUGAAGGACGUACCGAAGCGGCUAAGCUAGUUCGAAUUUCCUCCGUUUACUCACUAAUAGAGGGAGCACUGUACCGGACCUCGGUCAUACACCCAUGGUCUAAAUGCAUAUCACUGGAAGAAGGAAGCUACGUUCUUCGGGAAAUCCAUGAAGGAGAAUGUGGAGCUCACGAGGGCGCAGUCACUCUAUACAGGAAAGCAAUGUUACAGGGAUUUUAUUGGCCCAUGAUGAAAAAAGACGCUGAAGAAAUGGUCAAGAAGUGCGAUAAAUGCCAGAAAUUUGGGUCGCUCAUCUGA